AUGCCCCCCCCACAACUCAACACAAACCUCCCCCGGGAUGACGGCCUCCUCCUGUCGCCGGCAGGCUACGACGACGAUGCGUCUUCCAUCCACACGGCCCGAAGCGAGCAAGACACGGAUAGCGACGAUGACGAGCUGCAGAACCGUGCGCGCAACAGCCGGGAACUGCGGGCGCGCGACCGCCUGGUCCUCAUGGACGAGGAUGAGAUCGAGGGUCUGGUAGCUAGCUCGUGGAAGAAACAGGACCGCAGGGUGCACAGGCAGGGUUCUGGCCUCAAUGUUCCCAACCCGCUCAAGAUGCUGAAAAGGAGGGGGAGUAACGCGUCGAUGGCUAGCUCCGCAGACGAGGCGACACCGACGCAGGCGACGUAUAACAGCCAGCAGGAUGGGAAGGACGAGAAGCGUAAGACGAGGCGCGCACGUCGGGAGCAGAGGAAACGACAGAUCAUGGAGGAUGCCGAGCACGGUGAGGAUGGACGGCUGAUGUACGAGAUGGAGGCGGGCGCCAUGAGGGAGGGCAGCACAACGGGAGACAGCAGCGACCGCGAGGACAGCGAUGAGGUCGACAGGCGGCAGCUGGGGAUCAUGAACAAGGCGCAUAGGGGCCGGUCGUGGAGGCGCUGGAUCCUGAUUUACAGCCUCAUCGCCAUCGGGUUUGCCAUCCUGGUUCUUGGGGCGUGGAAGCUGUCCAAGAAGCGCAGGGCUGCAAACGCAGCAGUGGUUCCGGCCCCGGUGCAGCAGUACGUGAGCAACGGAACGGCCUUGUUCGCCCCGACCACCAUCCUCAUCAGCCUUGACGGCUUCCGCGCCGAUUUCUUGCAGAGGGGCCUCACACCCAGGCUCAACGAGCUGGUGGCCGAGGGCGUGUCGCCGAAGUACAUGCUCCCGUCGUUUCCAUCCGUCACAUUCCCGAACCACUACACCAUCGCCACGGGUCUCUACCCCGAGAGCCACGGGGUUGUGGGCAACACGUUCUGGGACCCCGAGCUGCACGACCAGUUCCACAGCACCGAUUCGCCGCACAGCCUGGAUUCGAAGUGGUGGGAGCGCGGGGGCGAGCCAUUCUGGGUGACAGCCGAGAAGCACGGCAUCCGUACGGCGAUCCACAUGUGGCCGGGCAGCGAGGCGCGCAUACUGGGUGUCGAGCCGACCAUCGUAGACAAGUACAACGGUGACGAGAAGCUGGAUAAUAAGGUGCAGCGCAUCUUUGAUCUCCUGGACAUGCCCGCGCAGGACGAGAAUUAUACCGUGGCGGCGACGGACGUCAGGCCCCAGAUCAUCGCGGCGUAUGUACCCGACGUGGAUGCUGACGGCCACAGGUUCGGCCCCAACAGCACCGAGGUACUCCUCGCCAUCACGCGCGCGGACAAGAUGGUUGGCGAUGUCUUUGCCGGUCUGCAGCAGCGCAACCUCUCGGACCUCGUAAACGUCAUCGUCGUGUCGGACCACGGCAUGGCCACCACCGACACCUCGCGCGUCCUCCAGCUCGAGGAUCUGGUCGACACCUCCAAGAUCGAGCACGUUGACGGAUGGCCUCUCUCCGGCCUGCGACCUUACGACGAUGCAGACCUCGACUCGCUGUAUGACCAGCUGUCUGCCAAGGCAGAAGAAGACAACCACCAGAGCUUCGAGGUCUAUCUGCGCGACAAGAACAUGCCGGAGCGGUACCACUUCUCCAAGAGUGAGCGGAUAGCUCCCCUGUGGGUCGUACCCAAGGCAGGUUGGGCCAUCGUGACAAAGGCCGAGAUGGAUGUCGCGCAAGCCAAGGCGGAUGGGACCGUGUACCGUCCCCGCGGGCUGCACGGCUACGACCAUGAGAACCCGCUCAUGCGUGCCAUCUUCAUCGCUCGGGGACCUGCGUUCCCCCAUCCCGCCAACAGCGAGCUGCCUGUUUUCCAAAACAUCGAGGUGUACAACCUCCUCUGCGACUCUGUCGGCAUCGAACCCAAACCCAACAACGGAACCCUGCGCCUUCCCCUCAAGCCCAUCGGCACCCACAAACCAGAGGACCACCCUGCCGUUCCCGAGGAUCCGGCCACGGAACGUCCUACCGUCACCACCGCGUCCGAGCCGAUCAGGCCGACAGCUCCUGCUGCUAGUAACGUGCCGCCUCAGGUCGAUGAACCGCCUGUGGAGAGGCCGUCGUCUGCCGGGGACGGCAAGGAAGACAGACCACCUGCCUCCAACGGAGAUGGCGGCGAAGAGGGCGAGGGCGGAGACAAGGACAAACACAAGUCUUUCCUCGGCGGCAUGUGGGAUUGGGUCACGCACAAGGUCGACAAGGUCUUGGAUACUCUCAAGGGGUCCGGCUCUAGCUGA